GCUCGGCCUCCGCCGCCGCCUUGUCGGGCUCCGGCGCGGGGGUCGCCGCGGCCGCCGCGCCGCCCUCCAGCUGCCGGCGUGAAGCGGCGGCGGGCCGAGACGAGCGUCGGUGGUCGAGGCGCACACUCGGAGGGAGCCCCGCGCGCGCGGCCUCGCUUGUUGCUAUGGACAGCGCCAUCACCCUGUGGCAGUUCCUCCUGCAGCUCCUGCAGGACCCUCAGCACAAGAACACCAUCUGCUGGACCUCCAACGACGGGGAGUUCAAGCUUCUGCAGGCCGAAGAGGUCGCUCGUCUCUGGGGCAUUCGGAAGAACAAGCCUAACAUGAAUUACGAUAAGCUCAGCCGAGCCCUCCGAUACUACUAUGUAAAGAAUAUCAUCAAGAAGGUGAACGGUCAGAAGUUCGUGUACAAGUUCGUCUCUUACCCGGAGAUUCUGAGCAUGGACCCCAUGACGGUGGGUCGGAUCGAGGGAGACUGCGAAGCCCUGAGCCUCGGCGAGGUCAGCGGCAGCUCCAGAGAGACGGAGAGCGGGGGCCGCGAGAAGCCCCCGCAGCCGGGUGGCAAGACCUCGAGCCGCAAUGACUACAUCCACUCGGGCUUAUAUUCUUCGUUUACGCUCAACUCUUUGAACUCCUCCAAUGUGAAGCUUUUCAAACCUGUAAAGAAUGAAAAUGCAGCCGAGCGGCUGGCAGAGAAAAAGUCUCAGGAGCCAGCCCCUUCCGUCAUCAGAUUUGUCACCACCCCUCCCAAGAAGCCGCCUCCCGAACCUGUGGCUGCCGCCCUUGCCACGGGCCCAAGUAUCUCUCCGCCUUCCACAGAGACCAUCCAAGCCCUGGAGACGUUGGCUUCCUCCAAACUGCCUUCUCUGGAGGGCCCUGCCCCGGCCCCCCGGGCCCCCCCUGCCUUCCCCCCGCCGCUGCCCGUGUCCUCCAUCUCCCCGUUGCAGGAGCCAGCUAGAACCCCCUCCCCACCGCUGAGUUCCAAUCCGGACCUUGACACGGACAUGGAUUCCGUGGCCUCUCAGCCCGUGGAGCUUCCCGAGGACUUGUCCCUGGAGCCUGCAGAGCAGGAUUCGGCUUUGCCAGAAAAGGACAAGACCAGCAGCUCCUCGAGAUCCAAGAAACCCAAAGGCCUUGAGCUGGCGCCCACUCUGGUGAUCACAGGCAGUGACCCGAGCCCCCUGGGGAUCUUGAGCCCCUCUCUCCCGACUGCGUCUCUUACUCCGGCUCUCUUUUCACAGACGCCCAUCCUGCUGACCCCGAGUCCCCUGCUCUCCAGCAUCCACUUCUGGAGCACGCUCAGCCCUGUGGCCCCCCUGAGUCCCGCCAGGCUGCAAGGUGCUAACACGCUUUUCCAGUUUCCUUCUGUGCUGAACAGUCAUGGGCCAUUCACUCUGUCUGGCCUGGAUGGACCUUCCACCCCCGGCCCAUUUUCCCCAGAUCUUCAGAAAACAUAACCUCUGCACUUGCAGAAUGAGAGAACCAAGGACUGAGGAGACAGAGACAUCAGCGUGGUUGCAGUGAAGUGAGCGAUUGAUCAUCCUAUAGUGCUGGUGACAAACCAUGGAGAUUUGGGCUGUUCCUCCACUGAAAUGCCUUGAUAGGGUUCCCUUUGAGAAGAACUCGAGUUGGAACUGUGUGUAAAGAUGCCUUAUUGGAGUCCAAACUCCAUUGCCCUCUUUAUCAACUUUUUUUUAAAAAAUAUUUUUAGUUUUAUUUUAAUAAAUGUUUGGCAGGAUUAGCAGCUAUGCUUUGCAAGAGGAAUCAAGAGCAAAGUUAUUCCUGCCUUAUCAGAACACUUUGCCUGGAAAAAAAAAACUAUGCCUCAAGUAUAUUAUUUAAGGAUAGACUAGUUCAGUGAAAUGGCACUAUUGCCAUUCAGCGAAAUUGGUCCUAUCUUCAAGACUAAGCAUAUUCUGUUGAAUAAUUAGAAGUGAGCUGUAUGUAAGCAAUAGGGCGAAAAGAAUCAUUCCAUUUAUACGGAGUAAGAGUGGAAUGGUGCCAUUUCUACUUUCUCCGAAAGCAGAAUGGGGGGGAAGAGUCUACUGUUGUCAGCUGUAACAUAUGUAAGUAAUUCUGCAAAGCGACACCUUUUCUCGCUGAUUCAGGGUGGGGUGCUUAGCCCUUUUCGUAAUCUCGCCUCAAGCCUGUCACUAGAGCAUGGAUCCAUUCCGCCACAGGAAGAUGAUUUAACGUGGGGUUUGAGACA